AAAUUAGUUUACACCCUAUAAUUACGUAAUUUGAAGUUAAUCUAAUGAAAUUAUAAUUUCACAAGACUAUACUUCCAGAACUAUACAAAUUAUCGACUAAUUUAAUUUUUUUUUGCACUUUGUCCAUUUGCGUCUAAUUAGCACAUGGUUUACAUAGUAACGCAUUGAAAGUUCGCGAAAUUCUGUAAAAUUAAUUAAAAGACCCAAUUGACACAUUGGGGAUGCUUGCGAUACCUCGCGGCCGCAUGGAAAAUUAAAUUACUGUUAAUUACGCGCUAAUUUAGCCAUACUUCUUUGAGGUUUCUGUGUUCCUGAUGCACCUCCACGGUUUUAGAAUAGAAGUACAUGCACUAAUUACUAUUUGUUCCUAUGCUUGCGUUCCACAAAUUGAGAACUUGAUUUCGGUGGCUAAUUUCAAAUCAAUUAUCGUAAUUAUAUAUAGUGCACAGUUACGAAGUAAGAGUCGUAAUUACUUCAAUUUGUGCGUGAAUUACCUAAUUACCGCGUCAGUGUAGUAUCCAAAAUUAAAUUGGUUCAAAUUAAGCGAUAAUUUUGCCAUAAUUACGUCGCAAUUGGCGCAUAAAAUUCGGCCGUGGAAGUUAAUUAAAUUAGGGGUGUCCAGUUGCUUUGAUUAUUGACACGGUCGUCGUCGAUAACGCGGGAGUUUGUUAACCUUUGGAAACGCUGUCGUCGAGCGUUGCAACCUAAGCGAAUAGCUCAGCAGAAAUGCACUUCGUUGGAAGUUAUUCUCGCGAAAGACAUGGCGGAGGACGAAGCGAAUUUGUUUUCGGUGACGCGUAUGGUGUUGACCUUCUUCGGGCCAAGUAUCGGCUUCCUCUUAGCCCUGCACUCGACCAUCAUGAACGAGAGGCCCGACAUUUUGGACUUGGAGAACCGCGUCAAGGACACGCCGGUCCACGAUAUGUACGAGAGUUACGACUUUAUUAUUGUGGGGGGCGGAAGUGCGGGCGCGGUCCUGGCGAACCGUCUCAGCGAGGUGCCGUUUUGGAGCGUUCUCCUGCUCGAGGCCGGUCCCGACGAGUUCGUCUACUCGGAUCUGCCGCUGCUCUUUCCCGCGCUGCAGAAGACGCCGAUCGAUUGGAAGUUUCGCACGGAGCCGGCGGACGGGUACUGCCUGGGGAUGAAGGGGGGACAGUGCAACUGGCCGCGAGGGAAGGUGCUCGGCGGGUGCAGCGUUUUGAACGCGAUGCUCUACGUGAGGGGGAACCGGCGAGAUUACGACCGCUGGGAGGAGUUGGGGAAUCCGGGCUGGGGAUACGACAGCGUUCUGCCUUAUUUUAAACGAUCGGAGGAUAUGCGAAUCGAGGAUUUUCGAGGUGACCCGCUGCACGGGACUGGGGGGUAUCUCUCGGUGGAGUACUACCGUUACAAAUCCCCACUGACCGACUCGUUCCUUCAAGCCGCCCAGCAAUUGGGGUACGAGAUCAGGGAUAUCAACGGUGAGUUCCAGACCGGUUUCACGCCCUCUCACGGCACUCUUCGCAAUGGGCUCCGCUGCAGCACCGCCAAAGCAUUCAUAAGAUCUGCAGCUGAUCGCGAUAACCUGCACGUCAGUCUACUGUCGAAAGUGGAAAGGAUUCUCGUGGACGAAGACACUAUGGGUGCUUACGGCGUCGUCUUCAACAAGCUCGGCAAAAAAGUCGAGAUCGUAGCAGAUCGCGAGGUGAUUUUAAGCGCAGGUGCCUUGCACUCCCCCCAGCUGCUGAUGCUCUCAGGAAUCGGCCCGGCCCAGCACUUGGCCGAUGUCGGAAUUCGGCCCAUCUUCAACUCACCCGGAGUCGGUGAAAACCUCCAAGACCACGUCGCCAUGGGGGGAGGCUCUUAUCUCUACGAGGACCUGGAGAGAUGCCCGGACGGUUGCAGUUUUCUCCUACCCAACGCCUAUUCUCCGUACAACCUGGAGGAGUUCGCCGAAGACGAGUCGGGUCAGCUGUACUGGCUGCCGGAGUGCGAGGUCAUGGGGUUCGUAAACACCAAGUACGCCAAUCGCAGCAACGACUGGCCCGAUAUCCAGCUCUUCAUGGCCUCCUACUCCGAUAACACCGACGGUGGAUUGUUCAGCAAGCGAAUUACUGGACUGACAGACACCAUCUACGCGAGCGUCUACGAAGAUUACCUCUACAAGGACGCGUACACCUUGCUACCUUUGUUACUACGGCCCAAAAGUCGAGGAAGAAUUCUGCUCAAAGACUCCCACCACAAAAGCCACCCGCUCAUCUUCCCCAACUACUUCGCAGACCCCCACGACUUGGCCAUUCUGGUGGAGGGCGCCAAAAUCUCGUACGCGCUCACCAAAACGCCGGCAAUGCAACGGAUCCGCUCACGCAUCAACCCCAAUAAAUUCCCCGGCUGCGAGCACCUGCACUUCCUCUCCGACGAGUACUGGGCGUGCCAGGCGCGCCACUACACCCUGACGAUCUACCAUCCGACCGGCACCGCCAAACUGGGACCGGACGACGAUCCGAUGGCCGUCGUCGACCAUCGCCUGAGGGUGAAGGGAAUCGGAAACCUACGCGUCGUCGACGCCUCCAUCAUGCCGUACAUCGUCAGCGGCAACACGAACGCCCCCACGAUCAUGAUAGCGGAGAAGGCCUCCGAUAUGAUUAAGGAGGAUUGGGACGCCAUCUCGCGAGGUCAUACGGGACGAAGUUGGCAGGUCGACCAGGAGCCGAAGAGAAAGCAUAAGAAAUUCAAGUCGAUGGACAAAAACGAGCUCGAGGCGAUUAAGAAGAAGAUUCCAGCGCAUUGGAAAUUAAUCGACUAUUGGUAGAUUUCUAAUUCAACAAUUCAAUUAAUUAAACCAAACUGUAUAUAACUAUUUUGCAUAAUUAUACGGACCACUAAUCUAGUUGGAUUAAUUAGCUAAAAACGACACCAAUUACAGUGCUUCAAAUUAAUUAAUUAAGCGUAAUUUUGAAUUAACAAUCCCCAAAUCGAUUAAUUAGUAGGGUAAUUAUGCGUGACUAAUUGCAUCACCGAAGGGCAAUGGGCGGUGGGGUCGUCACAUCCCGACGCCGGAAUUUAUCCUAUUAUGCUACUCAUUAAGGACCCAGGAGAAAACAUGCUACGGAAUGUUCCACUCAAUGACACCCUCCUACAGGGAAGGAUGCCCAGUUGAAGAAAUUGUUAUCAAAUCAAUGAGCCGAAGAUGAGUUCGGGCUUCAAUUCGCUCUGAAUUGAUUGGUUUAGUGUCAAUUUUUUCGAAUUGAUAUCUCUCCCUGUGAGAGGGUUCCAUUGCGGAGCUAGCCGAAGGUGAGUUCGGCACAAACUAAGAUAGCGUCGUGGGUUCGAGCUCCAAUUUGAAGGAACAGGCCCUUUUUUGUGCCGAACUCGCCUUCGGCUCGCUCGGCAUUGAUUAAUUUGAUGUCACAUUUUCGGUUUGAUAUCCCUCCCUGUGAGGAGGUGGCAUUGCCGAGCGAGCCGAAGGUGAGUUCGACACAAACUAAGAUAGCGUCGUGGGUUCGAGCUCCAAUUUGAAGGAACAGACCCUUUUUUGUGCCGAACUCGCCUCAUUGUGUCAAAUUUUCAGUUUGAU